AACUGAAAGUGCGAAUCACUUGUAUAUACCAAUUAAUAUCUCUUAAAACUGGUUCUACUCUACAAUGAUGAAUAAUCGGAGGCGAACAAAUAAUUUUACUUAUGUUAGUUCUUGUGUGAAAUACAUGAUAUUUAUGCUCAAUUUUGUUUUCUGGCUGUUUGGAGUACUUCUAAUUGGAGUAGGUUUAUAUGCAUUUGUGGAUAAAUGGCAAGCAACCGGUUCUGUUAGAAUAGAGAAUGUAUAUGAUGUAGUUCUCAAUAUUUCACUUGUAAUGGUUAUUGCAGGAGGAGUAGUUUUUGUUGUUAGUUUUGCAGGAUGUGUUGGAGCAUUACGUGAAAAUACUUGUCUUCUAAAGUUUUAUUCACUAUGUCUACUGGUAUUCUUUUUGCUUGAAAUGGGUAUAGCAAUUGUUGGUUUUGUAUUUCCACAUACAUUGCAAUCAUUAUUGGAAGAAUCAUUCACAGAUAAAAUUAUACAAACCUAUAGAGAAGACCCUGAUCUACAAAAUUUUAUUGAUUUUGGCCAAAAAGAAUUUAGGUGCUGUGGUUUAAGCCAAGAAGGAUAUUUAGAUUGGGGAAAGAAUGAAUAUUUUAAUUGCUCCAGUCCUAGUGUAGAACAUUGUGGUGUACCAUUUUCAUGUUGUAUUAAUGCUACAGACAUAUCAGGUGGUCUUGUGAAUAUAAUGUGUGGCUAUACAGUACAAAUGUUACCAGUAUCUGAAGCAGGCAAAAAAGUAUGGACUAGCGGUUGCAUUGAAAUUGUACGAAGUUGGGCAGAACGCAAUUUAUAUACAAUAGCUGGUAUUGCUUUAGGUAUAGCUCUUAGCCAACUAUUUGUCAUUUAUCUUGCUAAAACACUAGAAGGACAAAUUGAAUUGCAAAAGUCUCGUUGGCAUUCCUAAGCUUGACUUCAGGCCACCUACCGCUAUCAGAUUCAUUCCCCUCCUAGUAAGCAGGUGGCCAGUGGCCGAACAA